AUGACCUGUGGAUCCUUGCGACUGUAUAUUGAAAACGAUGAUCCGGAUUAUCCAGGAAUGAAAAAACUGAAACUUCAGGGGAAAGACCUGGAAGUUGUGCCCGAAGAACUUUUCAUGCUGAAAGACCUCGAAGUAUUGUACAUGAGCCCAGAAAGGCAACCUUCACUCAGUUUCAAAAUGUCAGAGCUCCCUCCAGACAUUGGUACGUUUACUGAACAGCUUGACUUAAGGAGGACAUUUGACCAUUCCCUAUAUAUCAUCUCAGGUGUUCUAGUGAAUCUACGAGUGUUGCUACUGGAUACGAACGAACUGAGCUAUCUACCAGAAGAGCUCGGGAACCUGCGAUAUUUGGAAAAGUUAUCCGUCUCGAACAACCGUUUGCGACAACUGCCUAAACGUUUAUCUGAAUUGAAACGACUUCGUACUCUCCAUUUGGCCAAUAAUUUGUUUGCAGAUUUCCCCAAGCCCGUGUUGAAAAUGCGACAGUUGGAAUUUUUGGAUCUGUGCAGCAACCAGAUCGACACUCUCCCGGAGGAGAUCAAAUAUUUAGAUCAACUAGAAACCUUGCUGUUGUUUGAUAAUCGCCUUUCAGAACUUCCGGCUGAAAUUGGGAAUUUGGAACGUUUGCGUUGUUUGUGGAUCGGAGACAAUUACCUGGAGAAUCUACCACACAGUUUUGUUGAAUUACAAGAAUUGAUUUGGUCACCAUUGCUGUGUCCCAGCGUGACUGUUGAUGGAAACCCGCUGACCUAUCCGCCACCUAAGGCAAGUUAA